AUGUCUACUUUCGAACCAGUCGUUGUCAUUGAUGGUAAGGGCCAUUUGGUCGGUCGUUUGGCCUCCACUGUUGCUAAGCAAUUGUUGAAUGGUCAAAAAAUCGUCGUCGUCAGAGCUGAAGCUUUAAACAUCUCUGGUGAAUUCUUCAGAAACAAGUUGAAGUACCACGACUACUUGAGAAAAGCUACUGCUUUCAACAAAACCCGUGGUCCAUUCCACUUCAGAGCCCCAUCUAGAAUCUUCUACAAGGCUGUCCGUGGUAUGGUUUCUCACAAGACUGCUCGUGGUAAGGCUGCUAUGGAAAGAUUAAAGGUCUUUGAAGGUGUUCCACCACCAUACGACAAGAAGAAGAGAGUCGUUGUUCCACAAGCUUUGAGAGUUUUGAGAUUGAAGCCAGGUAGAAAAUACACUACUUUGGGUAAAUUAUCUACUUCCGUUGGUUGGAAAUACGAAGACGUUGUCGCCAAAUUGGAAGAAAAGAGAAAGGUCAGAUCUGCUGAAUACUAUGCCAAGAAGAAGGCUUUCAACAAGAAGGUCGCUUCUGCUACUGCUGCUGCCGCUGAAUCCGAAGCUGCUAAGAAAUUGGCUACUUUUGGUUACUAA